AGGAGAGGCAGACUGCGGUGUUGUUAGUUUGAACAAAAUGGCCGCGAGAGCGCUGUCGACGACAGCUCCCUGAACGCUUACCGCGGGUUUCCGCUCCGCUCCGUCGUUUGGAUCAACACAGAAUGUAUUUCACCGGAGCCGCGACUCGUUUCCUGUUCGCGGUGGCCAGCCGCCCGCCAGUCGUCCAGCCGGAGACUUAAACAAAACCUUUCUUUUGCACUUUAAAACAAGUUGGUUGGCUGACAGACGUCGGCUUGCUCCACGAGAACUGUUCUGCGAUUUUUCCCACUGCCUGAUAUUCUCCUUUUUUUUGUAAAACCUCUCAGCGGCCGACAUCACUGCUAACUAUAGCUCACAUCAUUUAGCUGCUUUCUCUGUUCGUCAUUUUUGUUUGCUGAGGUGCUUCGCCCUUUCCUCGCCCCUCGGUAAAAAAAAAAUAGCGACGUUUGUGUCUGUUUUCGAGCCCAGCCGGUGUCAUUGUCCGACCUGUGUUGCUGAGAGCGGACACCUCCGUGCUCGCUGUGCCUACAGCCGGCUGCGUGGCCGUUGUUUACCUCGGUGCCCGGACAUCCUAGCUGCUUCAGACCGCUGCAGUCGGCUUAUCAGACGAGUCUGACCUGAAUUAGGACCAAGUCCAAAAACCUGCUCCAUCGCUUUACGGGUAACUUUGAACAGAGAGAGAGGGAGAAGACGAGGGAAAAGAGGCUUUUCUGCCCUCAUGAUGAACAGCUGUUAUGAACGGAAGCUGAGAGAAGCCAGCAACACAAGAAAGAGAAUCAUUUGAUGGAAGAAAGGAAACGGAAAAACCAAGAAGAAAAGACAAAGAAGGAUACCGCUCAGAAAAAGGCUGCUGAUCAGAAACCCAAAGUGCCAGAGCCUGCUCCCACUAAGCCCAGUCGUGGUCCAUCUUACCACCGCCAACCUUCCAGCCCUACGCUGCCCCUCUCCUACUCCUCCUCCUCUCCCCCCUCCUACUCCUCCUGUUCUUCUGGCAAUGCCAAGACCCCCCCCUGUGGUAGCCAACUCCUGACUCAGACUCCCCCUCAGCAACAGUGCCAGUUGUCCUCUGCCAGUGCUCGCUACCCACCCAGAGAGGUGCCCCCACGCUUCCGUCAGCAAGAGCCCAAGCAGCUUCUGAGGAGAGGCCAGCCGCUGCCUGCAGGAGCCCUCUGUGCUUUCACUCCCUCCUCCUCCUUGUCUUUAUCCUCAUCACCUUACGCCUCUUCUGCCUCCACCAGUACCAGCAGCACUACCCCAAACUCUGCCACGUCUUCUGCAAACGAGCAGCACCCAGACAUAUCCCUCCAGAGUGGCCCUGGUGCCCAGUAUGAUACCUCUCAUUGGGGAGCCUCUGUACCGGUUAACAGACCCCCCAGUGCCAAAAGCUGGGACAAAGUAAUCAUUGACGGAAGCGAUACAGACAUUUGGCCAUCCAUUAGCUGUAGCAGUGACCGCAGUUGCCUGGCAACAUCAGAAUGCUCCCUGGGCUCAUCCAGCUCUAGUCUAGACACCAGUGCUGUCGUUACUACUGGCAGAAGUGGUUUUCUGAGUAUGGCGACAGGUACCACUGGCCAGCAGGCCCACUACAACUCUCUCAAAACAAACAACAACAUGAUGACAGGACCUGUAUCAGCCAACCCUUUAACAGGUAAUAGAGGCUGGGGCUCAGAUGGGAAACAAGAUGGAAUGAAUGGUGGAAGAGUGGGAACGCCCAAUAACUGGGGAUCACCUAAUUUUAACUUGAACCUUAACCCCAAUGCCAACCCAUCAGCCUGGCCAGUUCUGGGACAUGAAGGUGGUGGGGCUGGUGGUAUUGGCUCUAAUGGAGUGGCCGCUUCAUCCCUUCCACCAGGGUUAAAUGGCAAUGGAAAUGUUAGAAAUGGAAAUGUAGACAAUGGUGGUGGAGGUUGGGUCAGCAUGAUGGGUGCUAACGAAAAUGACCAACAGCGCCCUUCAGCCAACUCAAACCUAUCCUUCAAAACGGAGCCUGCUAACCUGAACACUGACGGACCAAACUACACUAAACAACAGCAUCAAGCUCAGGAGCCUAUGAGCCCCAUCCACGGCUUAACCGGCUGGGGAGGUCAAUCGCCCACGGAAUCAUCCCAGCUCAAUGGUGACGCAACAGGCAGCUCUGUUUGGGGUUGUGGAGAAACAAAGGCAGCUGAGCCCACCAAGGACUCCAGCUGGGACUCAACUCCCUCUGCAGCCCUUUCUGCCUGGGGCCGCCAAGGGAGUGGUGGCGGGAGUAGUGGAAGUGGCAGCUGGGGUGACUGGGCCAAAUCUUCUGGGGUUGGUGAUGCAUCCAAAAGUUGGGAUUCAGUAGAUGCUGGUAGUUCUGGCUCAGGUCAAGAGCAGCAAAUUAGCUCUUGGGGCAAGCAUUCAGGAACAGCCCCAGCUAGUGAGGACAGUGGGGAUAGCAGUGAAGGUCGAUCCCGUUGCAAUGACCGAUCCUCCAGCAUGGAUUUUACCCCAGUACUACCGCGGCAGGACCUAGACCCAAGAGUGCUGAGCAACACAGGUUGGGGACAAACCCCCAUCCGACAGCACACUGUGUGGGAGAUGGAAGAAGCCAUUUCUGAUGAUGGAAAGAGCAACAGCAGCUCAGACAUAAUUGGAUGCUCAAGCUCUAAUGGUGGAUCCUCAUCACCCAAUGAAGGUACUAUUAACCCUAACAUUGGAGCCAGUCAAAGGCCUGGCUCUGGAGGAAAAAGUGACAGUGAUGGAUCUUCAUCCUCUAGCUGGGGAGCACCACCACCUCAGCCAAUUCAAACUGGAUCAGGAUGGGGCAACCCCUCACCUACUCUUAACAAAGCCUCCAAUGGCACACCCAGUAGCUGGGGUGACUCAUUAUCUUCUAACGGAUCUAAAAGUGAAGGCACCCCAUUGUGGGGUUCUGAGGAGAAAUCCCCCAGCUGGGAUGAUAGCACAAUGAAGAACCACCCUACUAACUGGGGAGAGGGCCCCAAAAACUCUCAAAGUUGGAGCAACAGAAAUGGGGGCUCCAGUGUCUCAACCCCUGGGGACUGGGGAGGGUCAGAUACCAAGAACACUGAGUCUUCUAGCAGCAUGUGGGAAGAGGAAGGGAGUAAUGGAGGAAGUGGUGGAUGGAAAGAAAGUCCCAGAGGGGGAAAUAGGGGAGGAGGUGGAUGGGGUAAACCUGCUCCAGCUGUGAGUAGCAGCAACUGGGGGGAGAACUCGCGUAGCAGUGGCCCAGUGCAGGGAGGCUGGGGCUCUUCCAAGCCCCAAGAAAGCAGCAGCAGUGGCAGCAGCACUGACAGCAUUGGUUCCUGGGGUGGUCCUUGCUCUGUGAAGCAGAGCAGCUCUGGCUGGGGAAAUGUAAGCAAACAGGACCAGAGCAUGGAACCCACCGGCUGGGAGGAGCCUUCUCCUCCAUCCAUCCGCAGGAAGAUGGAGAUUGAUGAUGGAACAUCAACUUGGGGUGAUCCCAACGCCUACAAAAAGACCGUCAACAUGUGGGAUCGUAAUAAUCCUAAUAAUAACCCAGGCAACAGCGGACCUCCUCCCAGCAAGAAUGGUGGAAUGAUGAUGCCCAACAGUAACAAUAAUCACCAUCACCCUCACCAUGUGCAUCACCAUAGCCAUCACAGCCAGCCUCCAAGUCACAUGCAGCACCAAGGAAACAACAACGGGUCACCAAACAAUGCCGCCUCACAUCCAGGUGCUGGACCUCAAGGCAGACUGCCUCUUGCCAACCCAGGUUGGGGAGAGCUUCCCAGUGUUCAGCCUAAAUCGGAGCCUGCUUGGGGAGAGCCAGCAGCUCCAACAUCAGCUGUUGACAACGGUACCUCUGCUUGGGGCAAGCCCCCAGGCGGUGUUGGAGGAUGGGGCAACGGUGGCCAUGAGCCCCCUGGCCCUUUUGUUAGGUCCAGUGGACCUACAGGUCCUCCACCUUGUAAGCCAGUCCCCAAACCUAUGCAAGAUGGCUGGGGAAGUGGGGAAGACAUGAAUAUGUCUACUAGCCAAUGGGACACGGAGGACGGGGACGUAUGGAACAGCCCCACCUCCCAGGAGAGCAGCUCUACCUGUAACUCCUGGGGCAACGGGCCCAAGAAGUGUGCCAGCAAGGGGAAGAUUGGCAGCAAGCCAGACGAAGCCUGGAUCAUGAACCGUCUCAUCAAACAGCUCACCGACAUGGGCUUUCCAAGAGAUCCUGCUGAGGAGGCUCUGAAAAGCAACAACAUGAACCUCGAUCAGGCCAUGACCGCCCUGCUGGAGAAGAAGACGGAUCUGGACAAGCAGAGCAUGGGCAUAUCCGAUUACAGCAACAGCAUGAGCAAGACUCUAUUGGGUCGGCCCUCCGCGCUCUCCAAAGACUCCUUGGACCGCACCACCUUUCUUGACAAGGAUGGCGUCCUGUCAGACGAUGCCCCUCCAUCACCGUUUCUGCCUUCCCCCAGCCUGAAGCUCCCCCUGGCCAACAGCAGCCUUCCUGGACAAGGUCUGGGACAGGGCAACCCGGGGCUGGCCAUGCAAAACUUGAACAACAGACCGAUACUCGGUGGAAUGUUUGGUAGUGGUGGAGCAGCACAAACCCGGGCCAUGCAGCAGCAGCAGCCACCAGUGCCACCUCUCAGCUCCUCCCAGCCUAGUCUACGUGCUCAAGUGCCUCAGUUUCUCUCCCCUCAGGUCCAAGCACAGCUCUUGCAGUUUGCAGCAAAAAACAUCGGUCUAAAUCCUGCACUUUUAACCUCACCAAUAAACCCUCAACAAAUGAACCUGUUGUACCAACUCCAGCAGCUGCAAAUGGCGUACCAGCGUUUACAAAUCCAGCAGCAGAUGAUGCAGGCGCAACGCAACGUUUCCGGCCCCAUUAGGCAACAAGAGCAACAAUUUGCACGUACAAUCACAAACAUUCAGCAGCAGAUCCAGCAGAUUCAGCAGCACCAGCGUCAGCUGUACCAGGCGCUGCUGAUGAAGCAGCAGCAACUUCCCUCACAUUCCUCCUCAUCCUCUUCCUCUGCUGGUCUGCAUGCCCCUGGCGGCCCCGCCGGAGGCCCUGGCUCUGGAAAAUCAACCCUGGACCCUUUUUUAGGCCCUCACCAGGCUCCGGGCCUCUCUGACACACUGCACACCAAAGAGCCUCUGUCUUCGCCCAAUGCCUACAGCACCUAUCCUCUUUCUGGACUAAAUCCAAACAUGAAUGUAAACGGCAUGGAUGUUGGGGGUCUGUCCCUGAAGGAGCCCCCCCAGCCUCAAUCGCGCCUGUCCCAGUGGACACACACCAACUCAAUGGACAACCUCUCUGGCAACUCUUCAAACAUGGAGAACAACCUCAACAAGCACGGUGCCAUAUCUUCUGCUGCCUCCACCCUGGUACCCCCUGGGAAGCCCCCACAGCUGGAGGACUCCUACAGCCCUUACAAUCUAAUCUCCAACUCUGAGCCCCCCACCAGCCCCCUGGUGCCUCCUGACAGCUGGGGUCAGGGCAAGAGCCCCAGUGAAAAGAUCUCUAAUGGGACCAACAUCAACUGGCCUCCGGAGUUCUGCCCAGGUGUUCCAUGGAAGGGCCUUCAGAACAUUGACCCUGAGAAUGACCCCAACAUGACCCCUGGCAGCGUCCCUAGUGGUCCCACCAUUAACACAAACAUCCAUGACGUCAACCGGUACCUGCUGCGGGACAGGAACGGAGGUAAAAUGUCUGACAUGAAGUCCACGUGGUCCCCGGGGCCCAUCGCACAGAGUCAAGCGUCUCUGUCCCACGAGCUGUGGAAGGUCCCUCAGGGCCCACGCAGCACCACAGCCCCAUCCCGGCCCCCGCCAGGCCUCACCAACACCAACAAAUCAUCAUCCACUUGGGGGGGCAGCUCACUGGGCCUGAGCCAGGGCUGGAGCGGUUCCUACUCCUCUGAGGGAACCACGUGGAGCACCGACAGCUCCAACAGAACCAGCAGCUGGCUGGUGCUGAGGAAUCUCACCCCUCAGAUCGACGGCUCGACUCUGCGGACCCUGUGCAUGCAGCACGGCCCCCUGAUCACAUUCCAUCUCAACCUGACUCAGGGGAACGCCGUGGUGCGCUACAGCUCCAGGGACGAGGCUGCCAAGGCCCAGAAGUCCCUGCACAUGUGCGUGCUUGGGAACACCACCAUCCUGGCAGAGUUCGCCGGGGAGGAGGACAUCAACCGCUUCUUUGCACAAGGCCAGUCGCUGGGCGCCAACACCACAAGCUGGCACGCCAACCCGGGAACCAAUCAGAACCGGAUGGGUGGGGCAACCCAGUCCCACUCGGUCGGCCAGUGGAGCAGCGGUGGCGGCGGCGGCGGCGGCGGAGGGAAGACCAGCGGUAAUGAUCUGCUGUGGGGCGGGGUGCCCCAGUACUCCAGUCUGUGGGGACCGCCCACCGGAGAGGACGCACGUGUGAUCGGGAGCCCCACCCCCAUCAACACCCUGCUGCCUGGAGAUCUGCUGAGUGGGGAGUCCAUGUAGGACAACGCCACGGUACACUAACCCACCACCACCACCGCGGGGGCCAAACCUCAGGCGGAGGACCAGAGAAAAUAUUCCAAAUAAAAAAACAAGGUUACAAUGAGCAGAACCCAAGCCAAUCAUGUGGCGAUAAUCAGUAUCGAGCCAGAACAGGAACUGUGAACGGUAAUCCGGAAUGCUGGCGGUCCGAACACAGACUGGACCCAGCUCUCCUGCUUUACGCCCAUCCUCGUUACGUCUCUUUGUCUCCCUGUAGUAUUGUUUUGGAAAGGCAUCACACGAGGAAACGGAACCCUUUAGUUUACCGUUCGUGUUCCCGUUCGGCGUUUUCAAAAGAAGCAAUCAAAGCUGCCGUCUGAGACUUCACCGUCAAACGAGCAAAUACACGAGAUCAUCCCAAAACAACACUUAAAGCAACCAUUCCCGGCAGGUCCGAGGCCAGCGACGUUCAGAGACCUUUACUGCUCUCGUUUGUUUGUCUCUCAGCACUAACGUUGGCCUUAAGUGCUCUCUGGCCCAGCUCCUUCCCAAGCCCUCCAUGAUUUCUCUUCAUUUGAUUCCGUUUGUGUUCUACCUGAAGAAAUCGCUGAAAUCUUGCACAGUUCACCUCUGAGCCCACCAGUGGUACCGGCUCCGUCACCGGGCAGGAAGGAGGCCUGGCCACACGACCGGCACUACCAAUCAUCUCAAACCGUCUCACGGGGGUUGACACGGCUGUUGACUUCUUACGUGUGAAUUCCUGCGAGGUUUUGCUUUGUUUUGAUUUCCUAAUUUAUCCGACAAAUGUGAGCCGAGGAGAUUGGCGGCGGGCCUCGCUGCGAGCGUUUCCUCGUUUAUCUGACGGAAUCGAAUCGCCGGAUCCUUCUGGUCACCUUAAGCCUGGACGUCAGUCGCUUACUGGUGCUCUUUUGAAUUUUUUUACUGGGUUACGACGUCGCCACGGUCAGCCGACCCUCGGAGGAGGAAAACGACUCCGUCUUACUUUGAUGCGACGGUCACAUUGUGCAAUAUAUGCCAUUGACUUUUCUUCCGUCCUCACUCCAUCCUAACUGGUUUUUGUUGUUGUUGCUUAUUUAAGCAAAAGACUUCUUAAAGAAAAACACAACCCCUCCCCUUUAUUUCUUCUAAAACUCUGAUUCCUCCCAGGCCUCCGGUUCCACUGCAACUGUUGGGAAAACUCUGCAAAGAGGAAGAAGCGGCUGUGCAUGCAGCAAGCUGCACUCACUAAAGGGACUCUGGGUACAACGACGCACACUUCCUUCCUCUCUGCGUGCCACAGCCACACCCAGCAGGGACUGAAACCACGGUGAGAACGGACGGCUCUGAGCGCCUGGCACAAAACCAAAUAAGAAGGGGUUCCUCCUCAUGCAGUAGACCUACGAGUGUUCCUUGUGUUUGGUACGGAGAAGACUGGGACUUUUAUACGUUUAAUGGGUUUCAUCUUAGCACUUAUGAGGAGCCAGUGGCUUCAACUGCAAUCCAGCGAGUCGAAAGACGAGAAGUCCUGCUGUCCGACGUACUGUAUGUGUCGGGAGCGGGGCGAAGGGAACCGACUGAAAUGUUCCGUCGGACUUUUGGGGGGAAAAAAUUCCCGCAGUCGUUUUUUUUCCCCCAUCUUUGAAUUUUAUCAACGUGAAUAUCACUGUUAUUCCAAAAUCAUUAGCCUCGAUCUGUUGUGAGGCUUGCAACGUCAGCGGGCUCCGACACCCGGUCAGGCGGGAGCGAUGGGGGAGGGGGGAGUGUCCACUGAGUGCCUCUUUGCUGUGGUCCUCCUGGUGUCCAGCGGCAGCCCCACAGUGCAGAACCUCCUCCUGGGCUCCACUUGAUCUUCCCUCCUCCUGGCACUGGCCAAUCACGUCUCUGACCACGGCGGGGAGGGGUGCUGUCCCCCCCCCCAGCUCUCAGUUCUCUUGACACAAAGAUCACUUUAGCUGAAGGUUGUUCUAGUCGUAUUUCUGGAGUUUUUGCCAGUGUACUUUGUAUUCUCUGGAGCUCACGUACCUGUUUUAUGUCCCCGUCUCCGUGCGGCGGUCCACCAGAGCCCGGCUGCCGAACGAGCCCCUCACUGUUCAUAUGCAGAAACACUUUGGUCAUAGGUGCCUCUGUACGCUCAUUCUGUGUAUUGAAUGCAAGACGAGGAUCAAUACUACAGACCGUUGUUGAUUGUUUUGACUGCUCGUGUUUUUGUGUUCGACAGUAUUCGGUAGUACUUCCAGGUAGGAUCUCGAGACGUGUGAAGAAACAAAGAAGCUGUCUCAGAUUUGGGGAUGUGGGUGUUUGUCGCUGCGAGCUGCUCCACCCGCGCCCUCUCACCCUCUGCCUGGCUGCUACACUGUAACCCCCCCCUCCUCCGCCACACCCAGUGCCUCCCCCUCCCCCCUUCUCCCUCCCCAGGCCCUCACGCACAUUUCUAUGCAAAAACAAAACAAAAAUUAAAAGAAGAGAAGUUGGGGCCCUUUACAGCGCACUAAACCCAACUGUCCUCCCUGUUCUCCUGUCAGCACUCCAAACCGGCCACGCCAACCGUAAAGUCGAAGGUCGGCCAUUUGCCGUCUCUCUGUGCUGAAGACGCCUGUGUCCAGCUCACACUCAGGGUGGGGGGGUUGAUGGCGGCACGUACGGGAUGCAGCUCUCAUUUUGGACCCACAAAUAACAGAGCUCAUGCCUGAAAACCGAAUCCUCAUUGGAAGAAGCGGCUGGUAGUCUCCGGACUCUUCUGGGUGAGUGGAGGCGUGUUGUGCCAGUGAGAACGCUCGCUUCGCCUGUCGGGGGAGAUUUUAGCAGAGGGUGCCGACGGUGGGGGGGAUCAACCCAAGGAGCGGCAGCGUCACACCCCUCCGUGACUGAGACGUUGUGUGUUGUGUGUUUUUGUUUGAUUUGGUGGGGAACGCCCCGAGCUAAGGAGAAAAUCUUGGGGGUUCCGGUUUGCUACAGUGCACAGUCAAUGAUGGGUAAUCCCGGGUACAUAUUUUUUUAAAACCAAAAAUGAAAUUGCAUUUUAACGUCAUUUUUAUGAAGUUUGACAAAAAAAAAUCUUGAAAAAUGCUAAAAAAUCUAAAUGAAAGAAGAAAAAAAGAUGUAUAAAAUGUUAAAGCUCUGCACUUCAAGCUGAAACGCCUCCGGCCGCCAGCCUCUACGUCCACCGUCUGAAAGGGGUGGGAAUGGUGGAUGCUGUAUUUAUUUUGUUGUUUGGCGUCCUGCUCAAAGCGGGCUCGCCGGACGCUGCGUUUCCACAGGCCCGGAAGGCUUUGGGCCCUCUGUAUCAGCCUCACUCUCUCAUCCUGCAGCAGCAGCGGGGAGAGGCACAUUUCAAGAGGUACAAAGUCUUAAAAAUAAAAAAAAAUAAACUAGGAAAUGGGGAAAAGGCUACCUUUUAGGACUUGAAGUCCUGCAGCACACAAGCAAAAAUCACUAUUGCCUGUUUCUGUAACUGCCUUGAUCCGAGCUCAGACAGACCCAAUAGCCGAGGACCUCCCAGUAUCCUGUACUAACUGGAGAAACCUGACAGCGACGGGGUCUCCCCAUGCUGCACCAGCGCCGAGAGGCUCUCUCUCUACAGCUCUGUUCUAAAUACCAGUAGAUAUGUAUUCACAGCACACACACACACACACACGUGUGUGUGUGUGUACUUUAUAUACUGUGAGUGGUAUCACCUCCAGACUUGUUUGAUCGUAACCUCUUCACCUUUUGUGUUUUAACGUCUGGUACAGCCGAAAAAGAAGCAAUAUGUGUUUUCCCCGCAAAUAAGAGAUGGACAGGAGCGAGUUUUGGGUUGGGGGGGUUGGGGUGUGAGCCGACGCUUGGCCGGUGGAGUUAGAGAUAUGCACGUUGUGGUUCUGAAGGCAUCCCGCACAGGUGGGUGUUUGGAUUCACCCGUUCUAACCCCAAACACCCAGUGUGAUGCAGAUUCGACUCGCAUCACAGACAUAUCAAAACAGCGAAAACAUUUAUUUAUCAAAAUACUUGAAUCUUGGAGCGCCAAUAACAUAAUGUGAAGUCAGUAAUGUGCUCUGUCCAUCUGGCAGGAACACAUAUGGAGAAUUUCAGAUAUGUAUUGCAUUAAUUUACAAAUCUAAAAUAUUAAAAACAAGAAAAAAAAUCCUCUCAGAUGUUUGUAUGAGUGUGUGCUGAAGAAACUGUACAGGACGCGUGGCCUGCUGUCCGUUUUUGUUUCCAGCGUUGCACUGAGUGUCUUCUCCCCCUCACUCCGCUAAUCCCAGUUCACGUUCGGAGGGGCGAUGGUGACAAUUCACGUGUACAUGUUUACUCAAGGACUUUAAGUUAGUGGUUUUUAUCCCCCCCCCCCCCCCCCCCGGUCCGUCUGUACAAAGUUUAUCUACCUUAUAGUGGCUUUUAUUGUGGAAUAAUCCAGGAUGAGGAUUAUCAUGGAGUAUUGCACCGUUUUUGUUUCAACUAAAUGAAAAAUGUAGCAAAAAAAAACCCAUAAUAAAGAUUAAAGUAAAAAAAAAAUAUUAAAAACUACAAAAAGGAUAAAAAAAACAAUGAACUGUGGCUAUAGCUAGCUGUAGAAGGAUUAGUAAUCCUGACGUUAACGUGGGAGGGGGGAGGGGGGUGUUAAAGGGACGGCGUGCGGAAGGCGAGUUUGUUACGAGACUCAGUUCAGAGGUGCCUAUCUUGUUUCUGUCUUUGUUUUGCAAAAGCCUCCUGUCGUUUACAAGCAUUUCAUUCAUCAGAAGCUCAAGCAAACAGGACUCUGGAACCGGAAUGUUCUCUCACCACUUCCAUCUUCCAUGGGAUUAUGGACAUGAAGAUUUAUGCUACUUUCAGAACUCUGGGAUUGAUCAGUGUUGUCAGAUUUACGAUGUUCUCUGUGUGUGUGUGUGUCUGUGUGUGUGUGUGUGUGUGUGUGUGUGUGUGUGUGUGUGUGUGUGUGUGUGUCUUUGAUGUUUCCUGUAAAACUGCGACGCAGUCCGCUCACUAUCUUGCACACUCGUAAAAGACGUGGAUUAUGACUCAGGAAGGCCAGGGUUCCAGACCUCAUCACUUCUAGUUUAGCGUGAUAUCCUAAAAAUGAAUAAACGAUGACAUCAAAGGAAGUGAAAACUAUUCAGUUUCAAGCAAUCACUGAAGUUUGUGGGUUGGCGGAAUAGAGAAGACCCUUUUUUAAUGAAUUAGUAGGACGUUACAAGUUUACCAAAUAAGAAUCGAUUUUGAGAAAAGCGGAGCGCUUUAUGUGUUUAAAUCGGAGUAGAAGUCGCUUUACGUCAAAAACAAGGAUCAGUGGUUUGUUUUUAAGAGAAAAGGCUUUUUUUCUUUUUUUUACUCUUGAGUUCUGACUUGUUUAAGUUCAGGAGCGUUGUGCAAGAGUUUAAUUUAACCCCCUCUCCUGCGUGCUCCUGCAUGGCGGGGUUCCCGUGGCUAACGGGGGCUUUGGCGGGCGAGGAGGCAGGAAGCUGGUUUUUAAAGGAUCGUGAUCUAUGCACAAGUGGGAGGGACGAGUUUGGGGAUCGGGAUCGAUGUAGGGGUUUUUGUUCUUUUGUCUUUCGUCCCCCACCCUCAUCUUCAUCUUUCCAUUGCGAGGCCAUGCUGUGUAAACCUUAACCAAUGAGCGCUUAUCCUUCUGCUAAAGCACUGUGGGCUGUCUGAGAGCAGAGCCCACGACUUCAGGCUGGCUGUUUGUUUUUUCUAAAGGAUGGAAGGAGGGUGGGGGGGUCAGGGGGUGGGGUACAUUGCCUUUGCCUUCCUCUUCACUUUGAAAAAAAAAAAACAAGCAUUAAUGAAAAAUGUCUGUAAAUGAAAUGCAAAGUUGUGGCUUUUAAUGUUCUUUUAUUUCUCCUCAUAGAAUGUGAUUGUUCAAAAAACCUGCAUUGGAAAAAAUGUUUCCAUGAGUUAUGGAGCUUCUUUCUUCAGACUAUAUUAAUAAACUACACAUUUUCUUGUC